AUGCACUGCAACAACUAUAAUAAAAAAGGGCAUAUUGCCCGUUAUUGUAGGGAUUCUGCCGAACAAGCCAACCCGGCCGCCAACGUCGGAGCAAGCCGAGCUUGUUACUGUUGUGGGGAAACUGGGCACUGCAAGUGGGACUGCCCAAAAGCUAAAAACACAAACACCGGUGGUGUCGGAAGGAUUUUGGCCUUAGGACAGGGGGAAGCAAGGGAAGACGCCGUGGUGGUUACCGGUACGCUUCUCCUCGAUAACUCAUAUGCAUGCAUAUUAUUCGAUAGUGGAGUGAAGAGGAGUUUCGCUAGCCACAAAUUCAAAAAAUUAUUAAGAAAAAAUCCCCAAUCACUAAAAGAUACAUACAUCGUAGAAAUGACUAAUGGAAAUACAGAAAGCACUAAUGACAUAUACUCAGGAUGUACCCUCACUCUACACAAUCACUCAUUCAAAAUAGAUCUAUUGCCGGUUUCGAUAAAAAGAUUUGACAUCAUCAUUGGCAUGGAUUGGUUAUGUUCAAAUCGUGCUGACAUUUUGUGUUACAAAAGGGUCGUACACCUUAACCUUUCGAGUGGCGAAACUCUUGUCGUCUACGGCAACAAACCUAGUGUAAAACUACAAAUCAGCUCUUGCGUCAAAACCCAACAGUAUCUCCGCAAGGAAUACCACGCCUUCUUAGCCCACGUAGUGGAUAAGAAACAUGAGGUGAAGAACAUCAAGGACAUUACGGAGGUCUGUAAUUUCUCGGACGUAUUCCCAUAA